AUGUUCCGAUUGCUUCUGCUGGGUGUAUUCCUAGUGCUCCUCAUGGAUGAGGGAAGCAGAGUCAUGACACGGAAUUUGAUUCGAUUUUGCAAUUACUGUGAUUACUAUGAUGGAUACAGAUGCAAGGGUGGCAUGGGAACCUGCUGGAAGUUAAAUUUCGGUGAACAAAACAAGAGUUGUCUAACGAGUAACCAUUACUUAUAUGAUCGCCUUUUGGGCAUAUACCUGUAUCAUUAUGCAAGACUCUCAUGUGAGCCCUGUGAGGCGGGCAUGUUGCAGAUAUUUCAAGAUGUUAUGAGAGAAACAUUUUGCUGCAUGGAUAAAAACAGAUGUAACAAUGGCAAAGCAAAUUUAGAUAUGGUACAUAUAAUAGACCAUGAUGACUAA